AUGAAUAAUGAAAAAAGUGGAGAAAGUUUAAACUUGAAUGAUUCAUUUCAAAAACUGACACUAUCUUCUGAUAACAUUGAAGAAUCUUAUGCUGAUAUCACACAAUUAUUAAAAGACCUUUCAUCAAAAUUAGAGCCAAAGACUAUUGUUAAAUCACCAUUGUUUGAUUUAUUUCAAGGGACCCAUGCGCUGGAAAUUAAUAACGCCAAAUUAGAUACCGGUCUUAUCGAAAACUCCGAAGAAGAAUUAUUAUUUGAUACAAGUAAGAUACCAACAGGUGAAAACGAACUCCAAAUAGUCACUAGUAUUUUAGACAAGUUAUUUAAAUUAUUGGUUGUUUGGUUGGAUGAAUCACAAAGUUUAAGUAGCACCAUCCUAAGUUGUAGAUAUGUGGAAACAAUCUUGAUUUAUUACAGCAAGCACCUAACCAUAUUACCUUCAUUUAACACUGGAUCCGAAAACUUUGACUUUAUUUUGAAAAGUGGGGUCUGUGGAAUUUUAUAUUUUGUAAAGUUUAUUUGUUUUUUAACUUCACAAGGCGUUCUUUUAGAGGAAGAAGACAUUAAUACCCAUUCUUUAGAUAUAAAUAUUUUCCAAAAUAUGGAUAGCCCAGAUGAAAUUAUACACUUAUUAAAUAUUUCAAUUGAAAAAUUAUCAAUUACCAAAAAUUAUGAAUUGAUACUUUUAUUGAAAAUUAUCCUUGGAUUAACCAAAAUUGAAAAAAUUUUUUUCCCAUCCUCACCGAAGGCACAAACUGAGGGGUUAGUUGUGCUAGAUUCAAUCGAAGAAGAUUGUAGAAAUAUUAUUAGGCUGAAUCCACAUCAUGAAGUUCCAAAGGGUUCAUUUUCUAACUUGAUCCAGAAAAACUUAAAUAAUUUUGCUACACCCAGAGAUGUUGCAUCUACAGAAGGCGACUGCUAUCAAAACAUUGUGAGAAUGGUUCAAGAUGUUAAAGUAAUUCUGAAAUUAGACACUGCUAAAAAUUCAAUGGAAAUUGAAAGAUUUGCUGAAUAUUUUAAUUUGCUAGAACAAAAGCACCCAUUGGCGAGAGCUAUAUUCCCCCUCUAUUUAAUGCGGAGUGACCAAUCGAUACUAGGGAACAAAACAUUUUUUGAAUUCUUGUUUGAACAGAUGAAAGAAAUUAUUCCUAUAGUCCAUGACGAAAAAAUAGAACAAUUAUUACAAGAUAGACAUGCUGACUGCGAAAAUUUGUGUUGCGUUUUGUUUGAAUGGUAUCAAAACAAUUCUUUAAAUAAAUGCAGGAUCAGACAAGGCUUUAGUAAACAAAUGUUAUUAUGGGAUUCAGCUCAGGCUAAUUUGCAAGACUUAGAUGCUUCAGACAAUAAUGCCGACUUUUAUCCCAAUAUCAACAGUUGGAUCUAUUUAAAAAAAUUAAAAACCAUGAUUGAUUUCCAAUUGAAAGGGUUUGAAUUGGAGUUGUAUAAAACUUGGGAGUCUUUUAGUAUCUUUUGGAGUUGCUAUUGUCUCUUGCGCCACAAAGAAAUUUUAUUAACUAGUAUUUUAGAUUAUAUUUCUAAAGAAACCAGUCAUAUUAAAAAUAUAAAUAAAAAGGCUAAAAAACUACAAGGCGAGAGGAGGGAGAAAAUGAAAAAACAGUACAAGUUAAUGGUGAAUACUGUCAUGCCCGAAUUAAUUAAAACGGGGAAAAAUAUUCAAUUCGAACUAAUGAAUAAUAAUAUCUGUAAAAAAUUAUGCCUUGUAGAACUUAUUCAAUUUGGAAUAUUGAAGUCAUAUAAUAAAGUAGACAAUAAACUAUCUAGUUCUAUGGCUUGGAACGACCCAGAGUUAUUGCAUAAUCUACGAUUUAAAAGUUUCCAAAGCAUUGGAAUUCCUGAGUUGCCAAGUUUCAAAGAAUAUAACCAGGCACUAGAAGAAUUGCUAAUUCCAGAAUCUCUGUUAGAUGUUAAAUUGGUCCAAACGGUUGAUUUUAUAGAUAAAGAGUUACUAGAGGUUAAACAUGGUAUUGAACAGAUCUUGAAAAGCAUUGGAACUUCCAGAAAGGGUAAAAAUAGUGAUGAUUUGUUUAAAACAAAUUUAAAUUUAGUGUUGGAAGAAUCUUUUGUAUGGUAUACCAGCUUACUAAAUUCAGUAUCUGAAUUAAAGAUUAAUGCACAUGGUUUUAUAAAAAAUCUUUCUGCCAAUAGUAAAAAGGAUAAAAGCGAAUGUAGAGUAGAAUUGGUAAUUCCUGAUAAAUGUAAUCCAAUGUUUCCAAUUCUUAAACUUUAUAGUGGUAACAAUAGUAAUAGUAUGCGUGUGAAUUAA